UUCUUGUCUUGCUAUAACUCUUCACGUGCAGAGAAGGGAAGAAGAAGGGGAAAGGGGGUGGCCGCCUACACCGCCUACGCGAAGCAGGUGCUGCUCGCCUGCAACGGCGGCGGCGACGCCGUCUCGCGGGGGGUCGCCGUUGGCCUCGCCAGGCACGGCUGCAGGCUGGUCCUGGUGGGCGACGAGGGCGCCCUGGCCGCGACGGCGGAGGAGGCGCGGCGCAGCGCGGCCCAAGGGGCGGCGGCCAUCGCGGUGGUUGGGCUGGACUUGGCGGCCUGCGACGAGGCAGCCGUCGGCGCCGCGGUGGACGCGGCGUGGCGCUGCUUCGGGGACGGCGGGCUCCACGCCCUUGUCAACUGCUGCUCCUUCGAGGGGGAAGUGCAAGAUUGCCUCAGCGUGACUGAAGAUGAGUACAACAAGACCAUGAAAGUCAAUGUAAUCACACCUUGGCUCCUGAUAAAGGCGAUAGCGAAGCGGUUCCGGGAUGCGCAGUCGGGCGGCUCCGUGGUUUGCUUGACCCAGAUCAUCGGCGCCGAGAGAGGAUUGUAUCCGGGGGCUGCGGCAUACGGCACAAGUUUAGGCGCCGUUCACCAGCUUGUCAGACUGUCGGCGAUGGAGCUCGGCAAGCACAAGAUCAGGGUGAACGCCGUCUGCCGCGGCCUCCACCUGGGGGACAAGUUCCCUCUCUCUGUUGGGGAGGAGAAGGCCGAGAAGGCGACCGGGGAGGUGAUGCCGCUGCGGCGGUGGCUGGACCCAGACAAGGACCUCGCUUCCACGGUGCUGUACCUGGUCGGCGACGACUCCCGCUUCAUGACAGGCACCACCAUCUAUGUCGACGGCGCACAGUCCAUUGUGCGCCCUCGCAUGCGUUCCUUCCUGUAGGUAGGUUAGUCAUGCUGAUCCUGGGGCUGGUUGGCCAUGCUUGGAUUUCACAUUCCAUCAGGAUGACUCCCUGAUAUCUUGUUGUUGUUGUUGAAUAGCAACAGCGGUUUGUGCAAAGAGAUCAACUGCCAUAAUUAAGCAGUCUCUAUGAAUGCAAUAAUUAACAGGGUUUAAGAUGGUAGAGUAAAGAUCAAAAUUGACAAAGAGUAUCCAGAAUCAACAUGAGUGGCACAGCAGGCCCUUCUUCAGAUUAAAAGACAAACGCAGAACCUUGCUGCACACAGGCAUCAAAGGAGUGAAAUGGAUUGAGUAGUCGACAUGUGGACCAAGCCGUAUCAAUGGCGUUCGGAGAGAACGGAGCAACCAACUACAUCCGCAUCCAGGGUAACGGCAUUACCGCCGGAGCGACGACGGAGGCGGCCAUGGCGGAGCGGGGGGUGGAGUCGGUCCUGUUCCGGGGGAAGAAGCUGAUGCCGCAGACCAACGACGAGCGGCUGGACGGCGUGGUGGAGCAGCUAUUGUUCGGUGCUGCUAUUUUCCAUUCGCUGCUGGGUUGCUUCUACUCUCCACCAAUCUGUCAAGUAGCAAAGAGUAGGUUUGACCUCAAUUUCGAUGCAGACAUGGAUUGGGAUGUGAUGCAUGUACUUGCUAAUUAAGGGAUUUGGAUCUUGCCCUCAAUUAGAGUUCCCAAUCUCAACGAAGUGGGGUUUAUGAAUUUUAUUAUUUUUUAGCUUGAAUGGACUGUAGCUUCGCUUAAUUGACUGACAGUUGUAUUUGACUGCAUAACUGGAUUAAUUGAUUUCAUGGCAGAUGUCGGUUUUGACCU